AUGGCUGAAGCAUCGAUCAAGGACAGGCCCGAAUUCGACCUCGGUACAGAUUUCUACAGCGUACACGGCGAUGAUGCUUACUUUAUUGCUCAGCACGUCUACAAAACUACCUCGGUCAUCAAAUAUCUUGGAGGCGACGUUACAACUGGAGUUCCCAGCUGCACGUUAUCCAGGACAACAUGCGAGACAUUCUUGCGUGAUGCGCUUUUGAACAGGCAGAUGCGGGUCGAGAUCUGGGCAGCGGAGCCUCGCAAGCAGAGUGUCUGGAACAUUGUCAAGCGGGCGUCUCCUGGAAACUUGCAGGAUAUGGAGGAUCUCUUGUUCUCAAACACAGAUAUGGCAGCAUCGCCUAUCGUCAUGGCUGUCAAGAUUCGCACUGGAGGCGAUCAGAGGACUGUGGGCGUUUGCUUCGCCGAUGCGACUGUUCGCGAACUCGGCAUUUCAGAAUUCAUCGACAACGAUCUUUACUCCAACUUUGAAUCGCUUGUCAUCCAGUUGGGCAUCAAGGAAUGUCUCGUCCAAGCCGACGAGGGCCACAAGGACUACGAACUUUCAAAAAUCCGUUCGAUCCUCACCCACUGCGACAUUGUGAUCACAGAGAGAAAGAAGGCCGAGUUUGGUAUCAAGGACGUGGAACAGGAUUUCAACCGCUUGCUGGAGGAGGAUAUCUCGAUCGCUGCUCUACCUGAAUUUGAACUCAAGAACGCCAUGGCCGCCUCGGCUUGCGUGAUGAAGUAUCUUGCCCUUUUGACAGAUGAGACCAACUUCGGCCAGUACACUCUUCGCAACCACGACCUCUCGCAAUACAUGAAGCUAGAUGCCUCCGCCGUCAGGGCCCUCAAUUUGAUGCCAGGACCUCAGGAUGGGUCAAACAAGUCGAUGAGUCUUUACGGACUUCUCAACAAGUGCAAGACUUCACAGGGCGGACGGAUGCUGGGUCAAUGGCUGAAGCAACCUCUUAUUGACAUUGCCGCCAUUGAGAAACGGCAAACUAUGGUUGAAGCAUUGACCCUCGACUCGGAAUUGCGCCAGAACUUGCAGGAGACACACUUGAAGAUGAUUCCCGACUUGCAUCGCUUGGCAAAGAGAUUCCAGAGAGGUGUCGCGUCACUGCAAGAUGUCGUCAGAGCGUACCAGGUCGUCAUCCGCUUGCCAGCUAUCGUGAGCUCCUUAGCUGCGUGCGAGACAGGAUCGCCUGAGCACAAGGAAAUUAUGGACGCCGAAUUCACAUCGUUGUUUGAUGAGUACACCUCGAACCUUCAGAAACUGCAGGAGUUGGUUGAGACGACUAUUGAUUUGGAUGCCAUCGACAGCCACGAAUAUCUGAUUAAGGCCGAUUUUGACCAGGGACUGAAAGUUCUCCGCAAAAAGAUGGAAACCUUGAAGUCGGAGAUGCAGAGGGAACAUGAACGCGUCUCGGGUGUGUUGAACAUGGAGGUCGAUAAGAAGCUGAAGAUGGAAGACCACCAGAUUCAUGGAUGGGGUUUCCGUCUGUCUCGCAAUGAUUCUUCAUGCAUCCGCAACAAGAGCCAGUUCCAAGAAUUGGCGACACAAAAGAACGGUGUCUUCUUCACAACAACGCAAAUGCGGAAGGCCUCGACAGAGUUCAAGGACAUCUCACAGGAAUAUGAGCGAACGCAGAGCUCUCUGGCGAAGGAAGUUAUUGGAAUCGUCUCCACAUACUGUCCAGUCUUGGAGAAACUUAAUACUCUUGUGGCACAACUGGACGUACUUGUCAGCUUUGCACAUGUUUCUGUUCAUGCCCCGAUGCCCUAUGUCAGACCCCAUAUGACAGCCAUGGGAACUGGAGAUGUGGUCCUGAAGGAGGCGAGGCAUCCUUGCCUUGAGGCGCAGGACGAUGUCGCAUUUAUUCCCAACGAUGUCUCCCUUGUUCGAGGCAAAACGGAGUUCUUGAUCAUUACUGGUCCCAACAUGGGCGGGAAGUCGACAUAUAUUCGCCAGAUUGGUGUUAUUGCUCUGAUGGCUCAAACUGGAUGUUUUGUCCCAUGCUCUGAGGCAAGUCUAUGCGUCGUUGACUGUAUCCUUGCCAGAGUCGGUGCAGGAGACAGUCAGAUGAAGGGCGUCUCUACAUUCAUGGCUGAAAUGCUGGAGACGGCGAGCAUUCUGAAGUCUGCAACGGUCAACUCUCUCAUUGUCAUUGAUGAGCUUGGACGAGGCACCAGCACCUAUGACGGCUUUGGCCUUGCCUGGGCUAUCUCCGAACACAUUGCCAUGAAGAUCAAGAGUUUCUGCCUGUUUGCAACUCACUUCCACGAGCUGACGUCUCUUGGAGAGACAGCCCCGUAUGUGGGCAAUUUGCACGUCUCGGCACAUGUUGACAGUGGGCAAGGGGAGGCUGGCAAGAGUCGUGAUAUCACUCUGUUGUACAAGGUGGUUGAGGGAGUCUGCGAUCAAAGUUUUGGUAUCCACGUCGCGGAACUUGCUCAGUUCCCUGACUCUGUCGUACAGCUUGCCAAACGCAAGGCCAUUGAGCUUGAGGACUUUUCGGCCCACCAUCACCAUCAGGCCCCUGGAUCGAAUGGAUCGAGUAGCCAGUUGCAGUCAGGGGCAUCGAGCAAGAAGUCCAAGGCCGAAGAUGUCGAGAAUGGGUCGGCAUUGAUUGAGGAGAUGAUUCAGACUAUCGCCAAGGACUACAAGGACAUUACCAUUGACGGUGAUAAGGACGGAAAUCGAGCAGCUAUGCUGAAGCGGGUUGAGCAAGUCCGGGAACAGUACAUUGACCGGAUCCAGGCUAACCCAUGGCUCAAGGAGCAGCUUGCUAGUGUCUACUGGGACUAG